UGUCGUGGUUCCCAACAUUCAAAUUUGCCAAGCUCUCUGUUUCUUCUUUUCUUCACUUCGUAAAAAUCGUAGAAGAGGAAGAGCAAGGAAGAGAAAAGACUCUCGACUCUCUCGAGUGUUGUGCAACUAAUGGAUGACGACACCGCGGGCGCAUCACUUCCUUCUGGUCCGGACGCGACGAAGAGGCGAGUAACCUACUUCUACGAACCGUCUAUCGGAGACUACUACUACGGACAAGGCCACCCGAUGAAGCCUCACCGGAUCCGGAUGGCCCAUAACCUAAUCGUCCACUACUCUCUUCACCGUCGCAUGGAGAUCAACCGACCCUUUCCUGCCGGCGCCAAUGACAUCCGCCGCUUCCAUACCGACGAAUAUGUUCAGUUCCUUCGAUCCGUCAGUCCUGAUGUCCUAGCCGAACCCUCCUUCAACCGAUCUCAAAAGCGUUUUAAUGUCGGUGAGGACUGCCCUGUCUUUGAAGGCCUCUUCAACUUCUGCCAGGCUUCCGCUGGAGGUUCCAUUGGUGCUGCGGUCAAGCUUAAUCGAGGUGAUGCCGAUAUUGCGCUCAAUUGGGCUGGUGGCCUGCACCAUGCCAAGAAGAGCGAGGCGUCCGGGUUCUGUUAUGUCAAUGAUAUUGUACUGGGAAUUCUUGAGUUGCUCAAGGUUCACAGGCGGGUAAUCUACGUAGAUAUUGAUGUCCACCAUGGAGAUGGCGUCGAGGAGGCAUUUUAUACCACCGACAGAGUCAUGACAGUCUCUUUUCAUAAGUAUGGGGAUUACUUUCCUGGCACCGGGCAUAUUAGGGACACUGGGGCGGGACUUGGGCAGAACUAUGCACUGAAUGUCCCACUGAAUGAUGGGAUGGAUGAUGUAAGCUUCCGUAGUUUGUUUCGGCCUAUAAUCCAAAAAGCUAUGGAAAUAUAUCAGCCAGAUGCUGUUGUUCUUCAAUGCGGAGCUGAUUCAUUGGCAGGCGACAGGUUGGGGGAUUUCAACUUGUCCGUGAAGGGUCAUGCAGAUUGCCUUCGUUUUCUUAGAUCUUUCAAUGUACCUUUGAUGAUCUUGGGUGGUGGAGGGUACACCAUUCGCAAUGUUGCCCGUUGCUGGUGCUACGAGACGGCGGUUGCAGUUGGCGUGGAGCCUGAUAAUAAAUUGCCAUAUAAUGAAUAUUAUGAAUAUUUUGGCCCAGAUUAUAAUCUUCACAUUGUACCAAGCAACAUGGAGAACCUUAAUGCACCCGAAGAUAUGGACAGGAUAAGGAAUGUGCUACUUGAGCAACUCUCAAACCUAUCUCAUGCCCCCAGUGUACCUUUUCAGACAACACCUCGAACUGCACAAGCUCCAGAAGAGGCAGAGGAGGACAUAGAUCGAAGACCUAAACCUCGUAUUUGGAAUGGGGAUGAUUUAGAGUCUGAUAAUGACGAUGAUGCAAUUGAUCCUCAAUACAGAACCUCAAGCACUGAUAAUCAAACUUCAGUAAACACUGAGAUGAGGGAUGUUGUGGAUGAAAUGGAUGAAGAGAAAACAGACUAGCAUCCAUCACCUCGACACUGACGGGAAACCUGUAGCUUCUAGUCUCUUUCAAGCACCUUAUCUUACGCCAAAGGCUUAUUUUUCAAACCAAGAACUUCUUUCCAGCUGCAGGACGCACUCAGAUCCUUUAAACGAAGACUGGGAGUAGGCACUCAAGGAGAAAGUGCUAGGGCUUCCUUUUGUCGACUGCCAUGUAUUAACAUCAAAGUUUUGUUCAGUACAAAGAAACAUGGAUACUGAGAUGAUCACUGUGCAGAAAGUAUUUGGAUUGAUACUAAGGCCACCUUUAAAAACAUGGAUACUGAGUGGUGUUUUUUUAAUCAGAAGAAAACAAUAGAAUUAUAAAGAUGCAACUGAGAGGUCAGUUCAAUUUUUUGAAGCAGCCUCUUCAGAAACAACCUCUUCGUAUAUUAUAUGGGGAUAAGGUCUAUGUAAGUUCUGAAUACAUUCCUGAUCUCGUGUAUAUUGUGGGUGUGCAUGGGAGUGUAUACAUCACCAAUAUAGUGCAUAUUGUGAGCGUGCACGAGAGUUGUUUACUGGAGCAUGAAAAACAAAUAGCUCUCUUUUGUUAAAUUAAU